AUGGGUGCUGUUAUUGUGGUGGCCUCACUGCCAUCUGAAGACUACAGCUACAGGUUUCAGUUCCCCAUGAUGCCCACUUUUAUUGCCAGGGUGCUGGCGAGCCGGCAACAGGCACAGCUGGAGCAGCGUCGGCUCCUGAACGUGCACGAGCACGUGAGCUUCUCGCUGCUGCGGAACGCGAACGUGCCGGUGCCGGACUUCUACGUGUGCCACACGGCGGAGGAGGCGGGCGAGAAGACGGCUCAGCUGGCGUCCACCGACAGCGUGGUCAAGGCGCAGGUUCUCACCGGCGGACGCGGCAAGGGCGUCUGGCAGAACGGCGCCCGCGGCGGCGUCAAGCUCGUCUUCACUCCGGAGGAGGCGGCAGAGGCUGCCUCUAAGAUGGUUGGACACAAGCUCGUGACGAAGCAAACAGGCGAAAAGGGCCAGAUUUGCAAUAAAGUGCUAGUCUGCGAACGCAAGUUUCCCCGGAAGGAGUUCUACGUGGCCGUGAUGCUGGAGCGGGCGUUCCAGGGACCGGUCAUCAUCGCGUCCAACCAAGGCGGCGUCAAUAUCGAGGAAGUGGCUGCUGUCGACCCAGACGCCAUCCACAAGGAACCCGUCGACAUCUUCGAAGGGCUGACUGACGAGAAGGCCGGUCGCAUCGUGGACGCCAUCGGCCUGAGCGGCCGCAAGGAGGAGACAAUCGCCAUCCUGCAGAAGAUCUUCAACCUCUUCAUCCGGACGGACGCCUCGAUGAUCGAGAUCAACCCGCUGGCCGAGGACACCUUCGGAAGCAAGCCCGGUGACCCCGGCAAGCUGUUCUGCCUGGACGCCAAGAUGCGGUUCGACGACAACGCCGAGUUCCGGCAGCCGGAGAUCUUCGCCGAGCGCGACUGGAGCCAGGAGGACCCGCGCGAGGUCGAGGCCGCCAAAUACAACCUCAAUUACAUCGCGCUGGACGGCAACAUCGGCUGCCUGGUGAACGGCGCCGGCCUGGCCAUGGCCACCAUGGACAUCAUCAAGCUGAACGGCGGCGAGCCGGCCAACUUCCUGGACGUGGGCGGAGGCGCCACUGCUGAGCAGGUCAAGGAGGCGUUCAAGAUCAUCACCGACGACCCCCAGGUGAACGCCAUCAUGGUGAACAUCUUCGGCGGCAUCAUGAGGUGUGACGUGAUCGCCGAGGGCGUGAUCGCCGCCGCCCAGGAGCUGCAGCUCAAGGUGCCCAUCGUCUGCAGACUGCAGGGCACCAACGUGGAGGACGCCAAGGCUCUGAUCGCCGCCUCCGGCCUCCGGAUCAUCGCCGUCGACAACCUGGACGAGGCGGCGCGCAUGGCCGUCAAGCUGUCGUCCAUCGUCACGCUGGCCAAGUCGGCCAAACUGAACGUGAAGUUUGAGAUGCCGCUGUGAGCGAGCCCAGCUGUACAGGCGGGGCGAGUCCCCGCGGUGCUAGUGCUGGCUGGUAGUGGCGCGCGCGCCGCCGGGCCCGUGCUCCUGUUGCCGGUCCGUCUCCGGGGCUCGCGGUCGCGAGGCCUUGGACGGUCGCCGCCCCUGAUACCAAUGAUAAUACCAGUCAACUGAUGACGUGCGUGCGUGGUAUAUGAAUAAAAGACUAUGUGAC